AAACACAGACCCAUUUCAUAUUAAAUAUGAUAAAUGAUAAGGUAUCUUUAGCUACAUGAUUAUUACAGGUCUAGACACAUCUAAUAAUGACAAGCUGUACUUUUAUUAGGUACGCUCUCCAAACCCAUAUGACUCCAGAUUUCACAUAUCUGAUUCUUAAUACUUAAACGCACUGCUGCAGUCCGAGACGGAGAAAGAGCGUUGCAGGGGGAGGAGCCAGAGAGCGGAAGUAUUAGCAGGGGGGCGGAGACGGUUACCGUUCAGUCGCGCGCCUCCGUUGCUUCCUCAGUCGGGCUCAGUGUAGCUGGGCACUUUGCUGGUUACGCACGCCUCCACUUCCGCUCCUUUGGAUAUUCUGGGUUUUUUCCCCCCCACACACCGUUUGCCAAAACUUGGUCCACUAACCACACCGGAUAUCCGAGCGCGGGCCAUCCAAGGCGAUGCUGUGCGUGCUGCUGUUACCUAUCGCCGCUUUCCUGCUGCGCGCGGAGGCGGCGGUCGGCAUCAUUAUCAACAACAACAACAACAACCACCACAACAACAACAAUAACAACGACGGGAACACGGCGGACACGGACAAGUGGAUCAGUGACAAGGACAAGUACUGGAGCAAAUUCCGUGAUGAUGAUUCCUUCAGGACCUGGGGCCCAAGCAAAGCACAAGACAAAGAGCCAGAAAACAGGCCCAGGAGACAUGGGGAACUAGGAUCCAAAACACACCCAGCGCAGGCUAAAUGGAGGACUGAUGAGGGUUUGGACGUUACUAAAGAUCCUUGUAUGAAGGUGCACUGUCCUCCUCACAAAGUGUGUGUGAGUCAAGACCUCCAAACAGCCAUCUGCACCAAUCAUAAACCUCCAAAGCACAGCAUUAAGCCAAGGAAAGGCAGCCAUCUCCAUAAGCACUGGAUGGGAGCAAUGAAUCAUGGGAAAUGUAGGCCUUGUCCAGUUGUCCAUCCUAGUCCAGUGUGUGGCUCAGAUGGUCAUACCUACUCCUCAAAGUGUAAGCUGGAGUUCCAGGAGUGUGUUUCGGGAAAGAGCAUCUUAGCGAAGUGUGAAGGACCGUGUCCCUGCCUGCCUGGACAGGAAGUCUUCAAGCCACACACUGAAAAGAAUGCUUGCAGUGAUGCCGAUCUGAGGAGUUUGGCCUCUAGACUAAAGGACUGGUUUGGCGUGUUGCACAUGGAUGCCAAUCGAGAUCUGAAGAUUUCUGCCAGUGACAACGGUCAAGGACGUUUUGACACCAGCAUCCUCCCCAUCUGUAAGGACUCUCUUGGUUGGAUGUUCAACAAGUUGGACAUGAAUUACGACCUCUUGCUCGACCAGUCAGAGCUUAGCGCCAUUUAUCUGGACAAGUACGAGCUGUGUAUGCGCCCUCUUUUCAACUCCUGUGACUCCUUUAAGGACGGGAAGCUUUCCAACAACGAGUGGUGCUACUGCUUCCAGAAACCAGAUGGUCUGCCCUGUCAGAAUGAAAUAAAUAGGAUUCACACUCAAAGCCGACGGAAGUCUCUCAUAGGAGCAUUUGUCCCACGCUGUACAGAGGACGGCUACUUUAAGGCCACACAGUGUCAUGGCAGCACAGGCCAGUGUUGGUGUGUUGAUAAAUAUGGGAAUGAGAUUGCAGGCUCCAGGAAACAAGGCAACCCAAUCUGCGAGGAGGAUCAGGAGACCUCAGGGGAUUUUGGCAGUGGAGGGGCCGUCAUUCUUCUCGAUGACCAGGAGGAGGAGGAGGAGCCUCCACAGAAUAGGCGGCGCAGACAGAAGGAGAAGAGGGGCAGGCUCCGCCCCCAUGGGGCCAUAGAGGAUGAUGAAGAUGAAGAAGAUGACAAAGAAGACGAGAUUGGCUACAUCUGGUAGCUCUACCCCCAUCUCCCGUUGGCCAACCAGGGACCCCGGUUGUAAUGCACAGUUCUGAAGCCAUUCCAACCCCAUGAUCUAGAUCAGAAUCUCCCUAAAAAACGUCAAUAACUAACCUGCAUCACCUGUAUUCUUUUUUCCCCCUUUUUUAUUUCCUUUUUUCCUUCUUUUUCCUUUUUUUCUGUAUCCUAUUUUCUGCCUGUUCUCAACAAUAUAAAUCAGUAAAAACUCUCAUAGCUGCAUUAACACGAUCUGUAUCUGGAAAUGCAUCCACAUGCUCCAAAAGUUUUGGGUUUUUUUCAUUAUCAAAAUCUGUACUUUUCUUUGUAUUGUUUUUCUUUUUUAUCUUUUUUUUCCAUCCAUAGAGCUCCAGUAGCCAUUUGAGAGCUGCGGCUGUAAAUAUUUCUUUUUCUCUUCAGACAGAUGAGGCGCUAUGUCUCCCUCCAUCCCAGAGUCUCUCACUUGAGCCUUCUAGAAGACUCCUAGAAGUUCUCAAAGGUUCUUCAGGUGGUGUGGAAUGUCAUUAAAUGAAGUAUAAAUAUGAUAUGAUAAGUGUGAGAGAAUUAUUAAAGGUUCUGGUGUGUUUUAGGAGGCUCUAGUGAGACUCUUGACGGGCCUAUGCAUGUUCCCCACUGUGGAGGCGGGAAGAAGGUGAUGUUCUUUUCUCCGCUGGUGGCUAAUACAAAGCCAAUGAGCAUUUUAUUUUGUGAUACUGCUGUUGUUUGCUGACGCUCUGCUUCAUUCUGUUGCUGGAUGGUUGCCACAGUGCUACCACAAGUAUCUAUUAACAAAAGUUUCUAUUCCGCCGGACAGUGUGGUACGGUGAUCUCAUGGUAUUGUAACUAGCCACAAGUACUAGUGCUGAAUUUGGGUACCUUUCUUGCCAAGGCAUCAAGAACACCAAACUGGGAGCUAGAAUCCUGGUGCAAACCUUCGACUGUUGAAAUGUAAUUGUCACUACAUUGUCACGUGAGUCACCCAUAAUUUUUUAAAAAUUAAGAAUGUUACCGGAGUGUUUUAUGUCUCUUCACAUAGUUCUAAAUACAGAGUUAAUGGAAAACCAGACCAUGAAGCUCCUACUUUGUUGCUAUUAUCAUUAGUGUUGGAUGUUAGCACUAGCAUUGCGUGGGAAAUGGCAUCAGUACACCACAAUAUCUGUAGAACUCUUGUUUUCCCAAGUACUUUUAAAGGAAAUGGAUACAGGUACUCAAUCAGGAUGCAGAUAGUUCUGAAUUCAGGUUAGUAACCAUACCAUUCCAUAUUACACUGUCCAGUGGAAAAAACGGAAAAGUGUGUGUCUGUGUCUGUGUGUGUCCAAACCAAUUAGUAGCCAAAACUUACAUCACUCCAAUUAUGACAUGAGUAAAAUUGUUUGAUUAAAGCGAUCAUUAUUUUUCAAUCAUUCUUGCUCUUAUAUUUUUUUUUCUUAAAAUUCCUUGCCUCAGAGAAAGUUUGGGAACAUUCCUCAGCAAUGUAUGCAUGCUGGUGUGUGAUACGUCACCAAGAUUUUCAGUCUGCCCUUCAGACAAUUCCAUUAAAUGCUCUCUCAUUCUGAAAUAGUAAUAAUGGCUGGGGACAAAAGAACUCUUCAUGGCCCCUUCAGUGUCAAGCCAGGCACUUUUUUCCACUUUCUUUCCCAGGCAACAUUUUAUUUUGACAGUCUCUUAAGAAAAAUGGAUUUUGUACAUGCAGGUUUUUUCCCCUGCUAUGCUCGGCCAUCAGCAGGGUGUCUAAAGGACAAAAAAAAAAAAAAAACUGCAUGGUUUUGAAUAGAAACUAUUAGGACUAGGUCUUUGCUCCCCUCCAUCAUACAGAGAUAAAUCAUACUCAGGGUAGAUCCAUGUAUAAAUGUCCGGCAUGAGGCCAGGUGAGAAAGUUGGUGAUUAAAUAUUUCUGACGGUUUUGAGGGGAUGUUUUAAGACUCUAAGAGUGCCGGGUUUAAUAAAUCAGAUUAAAUUUGUCACAUAGGCUUAAUCAUAAUGACGUGUCCCUCUGUGGAGUCUGAUAAGUGAGGAGAUGGAUUAUAGCACAUUUCAUUACUGAUAGCAGAAGUGAUUACGUCACAGCAUAUAAAAGUUUGUCUUUGUCUCUCAGAGCCACACUUACAUGUAUCCCUGAAAUAUUUAUCAGCAUGCGUGAGGGACAGAGGAACAAACGAUGAUGAUGAUGAUGAUGAUGAUUAUCUAUAUGGGAAUAUAGUAUAAUACUCUCCGUUAUCUAUCUUUGACCUGAAAAUACACUUUAGCCAUUCCACCUGUAAAUCAGGUCGCCAGUGUCCAACCAGUGUCCAUCCUGCUUCAGCAUGAAGCUCCGCCCUCUCCAUUCUACCAUGAUUUGGUUUCCUCCUGCAACAAUGAAUCGCCUUGUUAAUUCAGUAGUCAUCCCUACAACACACACAAACACACACACACACACACACACACACACACACACACACAGAGAAAACAAUACUGCUAAUGCUACUGCAGAUACCACUAAUGCACCAAUUACAGUAAAUGGCCAUAUUUGCAAGAGUCUUCUUUGUUAAUUCUCUAUAUUUUUUACUUUGUAAAGAUGACAGAUAAAGACAACAGAUUUAAAAAAUAAUAAUAAUAAUAAAAGAGUACUAAAAUGAUGAUGUAAUAUAAUAUAGUAGUGUUGCUUUGUCCAUUUGCAUUGCAGAUAUUGGGUGUAUAAGUCCCCUGUAGUCUUAACUGUAAUGUAGACCCUUUCCUCUCCUCUCUCCCUCUUCCUCUCUCUCUCUUUCUCUCUUUCAGAGUGUGUACUAGUGUUCUCAGUUUUAUGCCUGUCUUCUUUAUCCCUUCUUUCCUCUCCCUGAUCCUGAGUCCUGCUGGAAUGUUGAUGUUCUGGGCUGAAUCCCUUUCUGUUUGUUCAGGUUUUUUUUUUUUUUUUUCUGGAUUUGAUUUUUCAAAAAAAAAAAAAUUAAAUUAAAAUUUCAUCUGUAAAACUGUUUCAUGAAAAAACGUUUGUCUGAAUAAAUCUGGAGUCUGUCCUUGUCCACUUUCUCUCCGGCUCUUUCCUUUCUUUAUUUGUUUUCUCUCAAAAUGAAUUAGUCUAGCAGUGAUUUUCAAUAAUGGCUUUUCAUGCAUAGUCAAUAGCGUGUUAAGGUUUGAUUUGCUUGGUAAGAGUUUUUAACUGCAGAGCAGCUUAGAGCAAAUUAUUUUUGAGUAAUUACUGUCAGAUUUACCAUACAGGGAGCUGAAUGAGCAGUUUAGGGAUGUAAUAUUAAUAGGAAUUGGGGCACUCCAUGGGUUUGUUUUGAAUGCUCUGGAGUUUGCUUCAAGGAAAGUCGAUUUGGAGCUUUGUAAAGGUGACGUGCCAAGGCAUGUCAUCAGUCAAAACCACUCAUCCUUAAUAAUAUCUGUUAUGCUAGGCUAUCGAUCUUUUGAUGUGUUUUUUACGUGUGUCACUUAUUCAUGCCUUUUUUCUUUGGUACCAGACAGGCAAAACGGUGUACUUUCCUAGAGUUUCUCCAAACCGACAGAUCAUGCAAAGCUAAUGGUCUCAACUAGACAGAUGCCACUUGUGCUUUUUUCUAUGUUUUAUUAUCUUCAUACCUCCAUAGAUUUCAGAAGCCUGACAAUAUCCAAUCACUUUAGACUUUGUUAGGAAAACUUGUACACUCAUGCAGUUAUCUAAUCAGCCAAUCAUGUGGCAGCAACACAAUUCAAAAAAUCAUGUCGAUACAUGUCAAGAGCUUCAGCCAGCGUUCACGUCAAACGUCAGAAUGGGAAAAAGUGUGAUCUCUGUGACAUUAACCAUGGCAUGGAUGUUGAUACCAGAUGGGCUGGUUUGAGUAUUUCAAAAACUGCUGAUCUCCUGGGAUUUUCACAUGCAACAGUCUCUAGAGUUUACACAGAAUGGUGGGA